AUGUGGUUAUCGGCGACUCGGCGCAAUCGCGUAGUGUUUUUUUUUCAGUGCCGAAAACAACAUCAAAAUUUUCAUAACAAUGUUGGGAUUUUAGAGACAGCCACAAAAUUUAGAAGCACAUGUGCCCUGCUAGAGCGAACCGAACCUGAGAACCGAUCGCCGAAAGAAGCUGCAGAUUGUUGCAUAAACCGCGCGCGCAGCUACCGCUCCGAACUCCAAGAGGUGCUCCACGGGUCUCCGAGCUUUCCGAACUUUGGAUGCGCCGCGAUGAGCUUGCUGGUGCAAGUGUUCAAGUGGGACCAGCGAUGUCGCAUGCUCCACCGGGUGGACAUCCUGCUGAGGCGUGGCGUCAAGAAGCAGGCGGUGUAUCCGACCAAACUGGCUGAGGUGGGUCGCCUGGUGGAGGCCCGCGACGACCGGUACGACACGGGCCAACUAUUCCUGCACCGCAUCUUCGGCUACCGCGGCGUUAUACUCUUCCCCUGGACAGCCCGCGUCUACGACCGGGAUCUGCACAAUCCCGGCAAGAUCAGCGCCACCACGACUGCGAGCGCCAAUCCGACGCAGCAGAACCGUACCAAAGAGGCUACGCUCCGCGUGAAGGCCAACACCUCCGCUACCCCAACGGCUGCUACCGCUCAGAGUGGCGAUGCCCCCUCCUCGGCCGCCUUUGAGGCGAACGCGGCUGAAAGUACAGGCACCACUAACGUGGGUACCGCCUCCCAAGUGGAUCCCAAAGAGGUCAAGGGCAAGGUGCAAACCUUUUAUCAGGUGCUCAUAGACACCCGCGACUGUCCGUACAUUCGCGCCCAGACCGAGGCGGUCACCUUUCUGGGCAACCAGGACUCCAACCGCAGCCUGUACGCCAUCCCCGGGCUGGACUACGUGGCCCACGAGGACAUCAUGCCUUAUAGCUCCAGCGAGAAGAGUCCGCUACAGCAUGAGCUGUUCGACAAGUUCCUUACGCACGCUCCGGACGCGGACCCGCCAUUUGUGGGCCAGGACACGCUGAAGGCGUGGCAGGAGAAGAACCAUCCCUGGCUGGACAUGAGCGAUGUGCACAAAGAGACCACGGAGAACGUGCGCAUUACCGUGAUUCCCUUCUACAUGGGUUGCCGCGAGACACCUGCUAGUUCGGUCUACUGGUGGCGCUACUGCAUCCGGCUGGAGAACCUCGGCGAGCUGAGCGUGCAACUCCGCGAGCGCCACUGGCGCAUUUUCUCACUGUCCGGAACCCUCGAGACGGUGCGCGGAAGAGGAGUGGUGGGCCAGGAGCCCAUUCUGAGCCCCCGGCUGCCCGCCUUCCAGUACAGCAGCCAUGUCAGCCUGCAGGCGCCCAGCGGCCAUAUGUGGGGCACCUUCCGGCUGGAGCGCGAGGACGGAUACUCCUUCGAUUGCAAGAUUCCGCCCUUCUCACUGGAGAGCAAGCCGGACGACCUGGGGACGCCCACACCGGCCACGCCCAGUACCCACGAUAAGAAGCGCGACGAUAGCGAUUAAGAGGCAGUUGUUGACCCGUAGUUAAAUGAUUUUAAAACGCAAUCUUUUCUGACAAUGCAUGCGUACAUGUGUUUAGUGCAAAUUACAAUAAUCAACAAGGA